AUCACCAAGAAGAAAAGAAUGGAGAUGUUCAUAAAAACAUCUCCAUUCUUUUCUUUCUUGGUCAUUUCAUUUGUCUUUUUUCAAUAUUUUUCUAUUGUUUCAUCCAUAGGUGUUAAUUAUGGCACCCUUGGCAACAAUCUUCCUCCACCAUCCCAAGUUGCUCAAUUCAUCAAAAACAAAACCCUAAUCGAUAAAGUCAAAAUUUUCGAUAUGAAUCCAGAUAUCAUACGUGCCUUUGCCAACACAGGAAUCUCAGUCACUGUCACUAUCCCAAAUGGUGAAAUUCUCAAAUUGUUGGACAUAGGCUACGCGAAAAAUUAUGUGGAGAGAAAUAUUAAGCCAUUUUUUCCACAAACCAAAAUUGAUAUUAUCGCGGUUGGAAAUGAAGUUCUUCUUUUACAAGGACCAGAAAUAUACACGAAAUUAGUUCCAGCUAUGAAGAUUCUUUAUCAAGCAUUAAUUCAAUCUGGGAUUAAUACUAUUAAAGUAUCAACACCUAAUGCUUUAGGAAUACUUUCAAAAUGCGAUUUUCCAAGUAUGGCAAAAUUUAGACCAGAAUGGGAUGUUAGUAUUUUAGUACCAAUGUUACAAUUUUUACGUGAAACAAAUUCACCUUUUAUGGUAAAUCCAUAUCCAUAUUUUGAUUACGAUCCACAACGAUCGGACUUUUUUUUAUUUAGACAAAACAAGGGAAUUUUUGAUAAUGUUACUAAGAAAUUAUAUACAAAUAUGUUCGAUAUGAUAUUAGAUGUUGUAUAUUUAUCAAUGAAAAAACUUGGAUACGAUGACGUGGAAAUUGUGGCAUCUGAAACAGGAUGGUCUUCUAUAGGGGAUAAUUUUGAACCACAAUGUAGUGUGGAAAAUGCAGCUUCUUAUAAUAGAGGAUUAAUUAGGAAAUAUAUGUCUAAUGUAGGGACACCAUUAAUGCCAAAUAGGAAAAUUGAGAUAUAUAUUUUUAGUUUGUUUAAUGAGAAUAUUAAAAAAGGUAAUGGUUCUGAGAGGAAUUUUGGAUUAUUUAGACCUGAUUUUACUCCAGUAUAUAAUAUUGGAAUCAUGAAAGGAGAGCCACUGCCAGUAUUGCCGCCACAAAAGCCAGGCCCAAGACUUCCAGCCCAACCACUUCCAAAGCCAGCAGCAUUUUUGGGCAAGAAAUUUUGCAUGCCAAAAGCAAAUGCUACAGAUGCACAGUUACAGGCAAAUUUAAAUUGGGCUUGCAAUAAUCAAGGUGUAGAUUGUGGCCCAGUUCAAGCUGGAGGCCCAUGUUUUAGCCCAAAUAGUGUUAGGUCUCAUGCAGGCUUUGUUAUGAAUUCUUAUUAUCAAAUUAAGGGACGUAAUGACUUCAACUGUGAUUUUUUGGGCUCUGGUGUCAUCAUCUUUGCUGAUCCAAGUUAUGGUACAUGCAAGUACCUAUCUUGAGUUUUAUGGCCAGCUAAGAAAGAUUUACAGCUACUACAACAUUUGAAGGAUUAAUUUUGACACAUUGAGUUAAAAGGGAUUUUUUUUUUUUGACACAUUGAGAUUUUGUUUUCAUAUAUCAUAUAGGUACUUUGGUUUUUACAAAUUAAUCUAAUUGUAUUCAUGUGUAAUAUAUGUAUUUGUUGCUAAGUGUAGAA